AUGGGCCCUCUCCCCUGCCUCUUCCUCGUCCUCGUGUCCUCCUCCCUGUCGCUCGCGCUCGUGCCCCGCGCCGCCGCGUACUCGGAGUACUCGUGCAACGGUACCACGGGCAACUUCACGUCCGGCAGCGCGUUCGCCGCCAACCUGGCCCGCCUCGUCGCGGCGCUGCCUGGCAACGCCUCCUCCUCCGCGUCGCUCUUCGCCUCGGCGUCCGUCGGCGCGGCCCCGGCGGACACGGCGUACGGCCUGGCGCUCUGCCGCGGCGACGUCGCGGACCCGCGGGUCUGCUCGGCGUGCCUCGCGGACGCGUUCGCCCGGCUGCGCCGCCUCUGCGGCGGUGACCGCGACGCCACGUUCUACGCCGACCUGUGCACGGCGCGGUACUCCGGCGGGGACUUCCUGGCGCGUCCCGACGACAACUCCCCCGUGAUCAACGCGCUGGACGUGAACGGGUCGACCUACUACGGGUGGGACGCCCGGAACGCGACGAGCCGGACGCUGUUCCUGUCGCUGGUGGGCACGCUGUUCUCGGAGAUGGCCAUGUACGCCGCCUACAACUCCUCGGCGGCGCGCAUGUUCGCGAGCGCCGCCAUGUACGUGAACCCGCAGCUGCCCACGGUGUACGGGUUCGUGCAGUGCACGCCGGACCUCUCGCGGGCGCAGUGCUGGGACUGCUUCCAGGUGCUCCAGGACCAGAACCGCCGCUGGUACGACGGACGCGAGGGCGGACGCAUCCUCGGCGUCCGCUGCAGCUUCCGCUACGAGGCGUACCAUUUCUUCCAAGGCAUGCCGGAGGUCAGGAUCGGCCUGAAGAGCGACCCAUCAUCUUCAUCAGCUCCGGAAAGCCAGGAAAGCAAUCACAAGGUGGUCUUAAUUGUCGCUCUCGUUGUAUCAAUCACGGUGUUCUCUGCUAUGGUUUCUGUCGGCCUUGUGAUGAUCAGAGCACGACGAAAAAGAACCGAGAAGAAGAGGAAGCCGCAGCUGGAGGCGCAAUCCCGGAACAGCUCCGCCACAGAGGAUGCGCUGAAGCUGUGGCGGAUCGAGGAGAGCAGCUCCGAGUUCACGCUGUACGACUUCCCCGAGCUGGCGGCCGCGACCGGCGGUUUCUCCGACGAGAACCUGCUCGGCAGGGGCGGCUUCGGCCCCGUCUACAAGGGGAAGAUGGCGGACGGUGCCGAGGUCGCGGUGAAGAGACUGGCAGCGCAUUCCGGGCAGGGGCUGGAGGAGUUCAAGAACGAGAUCCAGCUGAUCGCCAAGCUGCAGCACACCAACCUGGUGCGGCUCGUCGGCUGCUGCGUGCAGGAGGAGGAGAAGCUGCUCGCCUACGAGUACAUGCCCAACCGCAGCCUCAACUUCUUCAUCUUCGACCAGCAGCGGGGGCCGUUGCUGGACUGGGAGAAACGGCGGCGUAUCAUCGACGGCAUCGUGCAGGGGCUGCUCUACCUGCACAAGCACUCACGGGUGAGGAUCAUCCACCGGGACCUGAAGGCGAGCAACAUUCUGCUGGACAAGGACCUGAACCCCAAGAUCUCGGACUUCGGCAUGGCCAGGAUCUUCGGAUCCAACAUGACCGAAGCUAACACCAACAGGGUCGUCGGAACAUAUGGCUACAUGGCUCCUGAGUAUGCUUCGGAGGGCAUCUUCUCGGUGAAGUCCGACGUGUACAGCUUCGGCGUGCUGCUGCUGGAGAUCGUCAGCGGGAAGCGGAACAGCGGCCACCACCACCACUACGGCGACUUCGUCAACCUGCUCGGAUAUGCAUGGCAGCUGUGGAGGGAAGGGAGGGUGUUCGAGCUGAUCGACCCGACGCUGGGCGAGUGCGGCGACGUGGCGACCAUCGUGCGGUGCGUCAAGGUGGCGCUGCUGUGCGUGCAGGACAGCGCCGCGGACCGGCCGACCAUGGCGGACGUGACGACGAUGCUGCAGGCCACCGGACCUCUCCCGGACCCGAAGCGGCCGCCGCACUUCUCCCUCAGGGUGGCGACGGCGGCGACCAGCAGCAGCGACGACGACGGCGGGUCGGGGCUGCGGACGCGGACGCGGACGCAGUGCACCACGUCGUGCAGCACCAACGACCUCACCAUCACCUCCAUCCACGAGGGCAGGUGA